UACAUAUAUAUAUAUAUAUGUAUGUAUAAAUACACCUGUCAUGAUGGAUGCUUCAUUUUGUACAGUGGUGUUAUUACAACAACAACAAGGGUAUCUUAUUGAAGAAGAUAAUUAUCAACCAUUACUUGUUUCAACCUUUGGUCAAGGUAAAAAAAAAUAAAAAAUAAAAAAUAAAAUAAAAGAAUAGAAUAAACCCCAUAAUAAACUAUAGCAUAGUCUAUAGAGAACAAGAUCCUUUAAAAGCAAUAGAGAAAUGCCAUGAUUUAGAGAACACAUUACUGCUUAUUGACCUUGACGCGCUAGAUUAUCAUGAUCAUGAUUACAUUGUUCAUUUUCUGGAAAAAAUUAAACGCGAUUUAAACCACUUGAUACCACUGAUUGUUUGUUCAAGGGAUGAUUCCACCAGUCUCAUGUUGAACUGUAUUCAUGCUGGUGCAACAGACUAUUUAUUAAAACCACUUUAUUCAAAUGUGAUCAAGACAUUGUUUCUGAAAUUAUAUCAACAGAAAAAAGUAUGGCCUAAACCACCUUUAUUGUUACCAGAACAACAUCAUUCCAUACCUUCCCCCACGACAUUGUAUGACAGAAUCAAAGAUACACAUUUGUCAAAAAUCAUGAUGGAGACUUUUGUACCAAAGACAACUAUCAAGACACACAUGAACUUGACCAAACAACAAUUAACGGAGCUUACAUCAAGGAUUCAUAGCUGGGAUUUUAGUCCUUUUGGUCUAACACAACAAGAACUGGUCCAUGUUGUGUAUCUGAUAUUCAAACAAAUCCUGAUCUUACCAGGACUAGAACAGAUGAUGACACUCACAAAAGGCCAAUGGUACGACUUUAUUAUUGACCUGGCAAGUGUUUAUCAUGACGAAAACCCGUAUCACAAUUUCGCCCAUGCGGUCGAUGUACUUCAAUGUCUGUUCUUUAUGUUGUGCGAAUCAGGUAUUUUACCUUUUUCCAACAAGACUCGACGUAUUGAUCUCUUGAGACCCAAGGAUGUGUUUGCCCUCUUGAUUGCUGCCAUUGGACAUGAUGCAGCUCAUCCUGGUGUAAACAAUAUGUUCUUGAUUAACUCGUCUAACCCUUUGGCUACAUUGUACAAUGACCGUUCUGUCCUUGAAAGCUUGCAUUCCAUGACUUUAUUUCAACUGUUAAAUAAACAUGGCAUCAUCCAACUUUUAGGUGGCACACAAUCUGAAGACUAUAAAGAAUUCAGAAAAACAGUUGUUGCCAGUAUCUUGGCAACAGACAUGUCACUUCAUUUAGAAUACGUUGCCAAGAUACAAGAACAAGCCACUCGGUUCCGUUUAGACCAAGUCAAAGACACAGAUCUUGAACGCAACUUGUUAUGCAGUGCCUUGAUCAAAUGUGCAGAUAUCAGUAAUGUGGCCCGUCCGUUCCGAUGGGGUGCUAAAUGGGCUGAACUCUUGGUGGAAGAACUUGUAUGCCAAGGCGAUUUAGAAAAAGAACUCGGCAUGCCUGUGUUACCCAUGAAUGACCGAGACAAGGUCAUUCUGGAAGACUCGCAGAUUGGCUUUAUUCGGUUUGUUGCGCUUGAUUUGUUUCAAAAUGUACGUGAGAUUUUUGUGGACCUCUCGUUUGCUGUAGACCAGAUACAGGCCAAUUUGAAACAAUGGGAGACACGCAAACAUACCUUGACUGCACAUGAUUCAGGCGUGUCUAACCUGAUGGACCAUGAACAAGAACCUAUCAUCAUGAUGCUAAACAGAAAUGAAGACGAAAACGAUGAUGACUUAUUUGAUACAAACCAUAAAGAAGAAUGCAAAAUGAUGAUUGAAGCAGGCAGCAAACGAUCAAGUAGUAUUGAUCUAUCCUCAACCGAUGUAAAGAAAAGAAUCUCUACUGAGAAAAACUACAGAUUUACAUCGUCGUCGUCGUCAUCGUCACUGUAUCAUCCAAUCCAACUAGACGAAAACAAUAAUGUGUCACCAGAUGAAACUCGAAGAAGUCCAGUCUAUUGUCAAUGCUCUAUACAAUAACCUCUGUACAUAUACACCCACA